UCGGACUACAUCCCAGUCGGUAUCUGAAUGCGGCGCCGGUCGCACGCUACGACGUAGCACUAUACGGUUACGAAGUGACGUUUGAAUUUAGAACUGAGUUUGUAGUUGUUCCAUUUGUAAGAUACCAUUCGUGACAUGAGUUUUCUUGGUAAAAUUAGAGACUUAAAAUUCAAAUGGGCACCGAAAAUAUGAAGACGUCUACUGCCUUGAUCCUGCUGCUACAUUUAUCCCUCCACACAGUUGAUGAAGGGCACGCCAUAAAUCCAAGUUGCACAUGUCUUCGGUUUACGUCCACGUACGGUAAGGAACGCGGCACGUUCAGCAGCCCCGACUACCCGCGGCCGUACCCGGCGCAGAUUGACUGCCUGCUCUACACCUUCGUCGCGGCGCCGCACCAAAUCGUCGAGCUUGUGUUCACCGACUUCGACAUUUACAAGGAGCAUCUCGAUUGUAUUCGGGGUGAUUAUCUGAAGGUGUACUCCGAAGGUGGUACGCAUGGUCCUGGACCACCUGGCGUCAAUGAGUACUCUGCUUGGACCAGAGCUCUUUGUGGCAGUAGACUGGACGCUCCACCAGCUUUGUACUCUCAUGGACCAUUACUAGUUUUGGAGCUACACACAGGACCAAAGGCAACUAAUGCUACAGGAUUUGUUGGGACCUAUAGGUUUAUAGAUAGACGAAACUUCGAAACGGAUGGCGUUCAGGUACCGGAUACAUGGUGCGAUUACGUUUUUAAUUCACAACCCAACAGGCCAGCCCAUGGUCGAUUGUACAGUCCUCGUUACCCUUCGAGUUACCCUAGCAAUAUCAGGUGUACCUAUCAUUUCAGUGCAAGACAACACGAGCGAAUCAAAUUAGUAUUCGAGGAAUCAUUCCUUCAAAAAGGAGAUGAAAGUUGUCUCAAUCGAGCCGAUAUAAUAAAAGUUUUUGACGGGAGAUUAUCGACGGCACCUGUACUUGCAAUGAUUUGUAAUGAAAUUGUAGGUUACGAGAUUUUAUCGACCGGUUCAGAUCUAUUAGUUCAAUUUACGGCUAAUUCCAACACGCCGGGUCAAGGAUUCAAAGCAAGCUACCAAUUCCAUAUGGACGAUAAUUCUAGCGCAGAUUCUGAUAUUAAAAAGUCGAGUACGACAGAGUCAAUAUCCGGUUUAGGACCGGCAGUCAGUGCUGCUACGUCGUCGUGUCAUCAAGUAUUCAACAGUGACAAGAGUAAGAGCGGCAAAUUGACGUCCCCUCUGUACCCGUCGCCGUACCUCCAAAAAACGCAAUGUCACUAUGACUUUCUAGCUCGCGGGAGGGAGCGAGUGAGACUGGUGUUCGAAGAUUUCAGCUUACAGAGGAUGACUGAGAAUAUUAUCGACUGCGAAAGCAUGGACUCCCUGGACGUGUUUUUGUAUGUAGACGGUCGACUCGAGAAAAUGGCUUCGUUUUGCGGGAACGAAAUACCAAAGCCAAUAAUGUCAAACGGACCAAAGCUAUCGAUCGAGUUCCGUGGAAUUUAUUCAUCGAGACAUAGUAGAGGAUUUAAGAUAUCUUACGCCUUUGUUGAAGAUUAUGGGAUCACAUCAGGGAGCCAGCUCUUAGAAUUUCCAUGUGCCUUUGUAUUUAAUAGCAGUGAGAGGGAGAAGGGUGUUGUGACAUCACCAAAUUACCCUGGUCUCUAUCCAAGGGACACGGAGUGUAAUUAUUUCUUUUACGGAAACGAGAAUGAGAGGAUACAUUUGCACUUCACCUAUUUUGAUGUCGAAGGUGUUGUCCCAUGUGAAGCAGUAUCAGCGAGCGAUUACGUACAAUUCUCCAGUCAAAUGAUAGACUCACAUAGUCACAGAUAUUGCGGUCAAAUAAAGGAACUACAGGUUACGUCGGAGAAAAACUUCCUCAGGAUCACAUUCAAGUCUAACGACAGAUUGGACGGUACUGGCUUUAAAGCAGACUACUUAUUCCUCCGAGACUCCGAGAUGCAUAGUAUAACUAUGCCGGACACAGAUAGCGGUACGAGAUUGUGUACAUCUAUUCUCGUGUUGCUUGUGUUGUGUGAUGUUAUAAUAAUGACGUUGAGAUAGUGAAAUUCUGAUGUUAAUUUAUAUUGAAAUCAUUGGUGAAAUAAAUUAUCACUGUUGCUAUAAAAAAUUGUUUUAAUUCAA